GAGGUCACCGACCGGGCUGGCCGGCAGGGGGCGGAGGGACGGAGGGAAGAUGGCGGCCGAGGCCGGAUAUUGGCGCCGCCUCCCCCAGUCGCGGAGCCGGCGCAGAUGAGGCGGCUCGGCUGGGGCCAGCGGCGCUUCGCAACCCGAGCCGGGGGGACCCUGGCGGUGGGGCCUGGCCCUGCUCUAUGCCGGCGCCUCGGCUAGCGUGAGCGGUGGCGGUAACGCCUCUCUCCCCCGUGCUUCCCCUGCGGCUUGGGAGUCGGAGCGGGCGGCGCGGCCGGCAUGGAGGACGUUAACUCCAAUGUGAACGCGGACCAGGAGGUGCGGAAGCUGCAGGAGCUGGUGAAGAAGCUGGAGAAGCAGAACGAGCAGCUGAGGAGCCGCUCAGGAGCCGUGCAGAGUGCAGGCCUCCUCGGGCCGGGCAGCCCUGCUCGGGCCGGCGUGUCCACCCCUUCCUCGGGCGCGGCGUCCCCUCGGGGCUUCCCGCUGGGCCUGGGCGCCAAGGCGAGCGGCGGGGCGGGCUCGGGCCCGCGACGGACCAGCAGUGAGGAUCUGCGGGACGCCACCUCCUUGCUGGCGGCUGGUGAGGGCGGCUUGCUGGACGAGGUAGAACCGCUGCGGCCCGACGAGCUGGAGCGCUUGUCAGGCUGGGAGGAGGAAGAAGAGAGCUGGUUGUACUCAUCACCAAAGAAAAAACUCACACCAAUGCAGAAAUCUGUUAGUCCAUUAGUUUGGUGCAGGCAAGUUUUGGAUUAUCCAAGCCCUGAUGUGGAGUGUGCUAAAAAGUCCCUUAUCCACAAACUUGAUCAAACUAUGUCAGCUCUCAAGAGACAAAAUUUAUACAAUAAUCCUUUCAACUCUAUGAGUUAUUCAAGCCCUUAUAGUCCAAAUGCCAGUAGCCCUUACAGCAGUGGCUUCAACUCUCCAUCCUCAACACCAGUGCGACCUCCCAUAGUCAAGCAGCUUAUACUUCCUGGAAAUUCAGGUAACUUCAAGAGCUCAUCAGAUAGAAACCCUCCACUCAGCCCUCAGUCCUCUAUAGAUAGUGAGUUAAGUGCUUCAGAAUUAGAUGAAGAUUCAAUUGGAUCCAACUAUAAGCUAAAUGACGUAACCGAUGUGCAGAUUCUAGCCCGGAUGCAGGAAGAAAGUCUCCGGCAAGAGUAUGCAGCCACCACCUCUCGUCGCAGCUCAGGCUCAUCUUGCAACUCCACGAGGCGGGGCACGUUCAGCGAUCAGGAACUGGAUGCACAGAGCUUGGAUGAUGAAGACGACAGCAUGCACCAUGCCGUGUACCCUGCUGUUAAUAGGUUUUCUCCAUCCCCACGGAAUUCACCCCGACCAUCUCCUAAGCAGUCGCCUCGAAAUUCACCUCGUUCACGGUCUCCUGCCCGGGGAAUAGAAUACAGUAGAGCAUCCCCACAGCCUAUGAUUAGCCGCUUGCAGCAGCCUCGCCUUUCCCUCCAAGGCCAUCCCACAGAUUUACAGACGAGCAAUGUUAAAAACGAAGAAAAACUUAGACGCAGUCUUCCAAACCUAUCCCGAACAUCGAACACACAGGUUGACUCCGUGAAAAGCAGUAGAAGUGACUCCAAUUUUCAAGUGCCAAAUGGAGGAAUACCUCGAAUGCAGCCUCAGGCUUCAGCCACAGCUUCUCAAAGGCUGAAAAGUUUGCCUCGUACUCCCCUCAAAGCCAAACAGGUGCUUCCAGCUCCAUCUACAAACAGAGUACCUUCUCCAGGCAAGUUCCGCUCCCCUGCAGCACCAUCUCCAUUGGCUCUUCGGCAACCAGUGAAAGCGUUUAGUAACCAUGGCUCUGGUUCUGGUAGCCAAGAAACUACACAGUUCACACAAACCACCUCCUCACCUGGGCCUCCCGUGGUGCAGAACACAGCCCCAGCAAACCCUUCCAGCAAUAUCAACAGCGCCACUCUAACCAGACCUGCAGGGACAGCUGCAAUGAGGAGUGGCCUGCCCCGGCCUAGCGCCCCUUCUGCGGGGGGCAUACCAGUGCCUCGCAGCAAGCUUGUGCAGCCUGUUCGAAGAUCAUUGCCAGCUCCUAAAACCUAUGGUAGCAUGAAAGAUGACAGUUGGAAAGACGGCUGUUACUGACCAGCAGAGACAAGGAUACAGACGUCCACAGCUUCAUGGACACCCCUUCACCAAGCUGAAACCAACUUUUAUAUGCAGACUCUUCAGUGAGACUCUUGGGUUUGCACACUCCCAGCCUCUCUGUCUUAAUAGCACAAGUGACGGAGACGAGGAAGCAGCACUUUAAUGCCACGUGACAUCAGAUGUGUUUGGUAGUCAUGCAGUCACUCUCCAUGGGGUCGCCUAGUUUUGUUCACUUGAAGCACGGUUCAUUUUAUUAUUUGACAGAGGCCAAUAUCUGGGCAAAUACCUACUGGAUGCCAAAGAGAAUGCCCAUUUGUAAAGAGAGAGCCUGUGUACAUGGGAAGAUGGUGAACUUAGGCUAUCCAAAACCUCACGUUCAACCUACUUUACUGUACAAAUAGUAUCAAUAAAUACUGUGUUAACAAGAACUAAUAUUCUGACUAAUUAGAUUGUUUUCUUAGUCCUUCAGGAUACAGUAAAUUAUAAAGAUUGGGAGAGAGAAAGGACAGACCUGAGCUAAAGACUUAAAACGUGCUACUACCUGUGUUUAGGAAGGUUUUAUUCAUUACUUUGCAGACUCUGUGGGAAAAGGCUCUUAGGUUUUAAACAUAGCUCACAUAGCCACGUGCAGAUGGUGUCGCAGUGCACGCCACCGCCCCACCGACACCUCAGACUUCUGUGUACCUGUUCUUGAUGUCAGAAGGGCUCACUCUUUCUAACUUUACAGUUCCUGGCUCAGGACAGAUGGCCUUUGCUGUUGAAGCCAACUUACUCACAUGCUGGUUUCUGUCUGUCACAGAGCUGAAAGAGCUGUUUCCACACCAGGUUUCUAUGAUGUCAAAGAACAGUUACGUGUCUUUGUCCUUGACAAAGCAACACCUCAGAACUCAGAGCCUGGAGUAGAACCAUAUCCAAGAGGAGGGAAAUCUAUGCACUAACUGUAAACAUCUCUGUGAUGGCAGCUGUACUGCUGCUCGUAAGCGGCAGCGCGGUCUGUUAUGUGGUAGUCAGUCCACUCCAAACUGAAUGACUGUAUGAAGUACCUUUUUAAAACCCUGUCCCUUUAACUUAGAUUCUGCCUUACAUCAGCGUUUUCAUUGUUUGGUUACAAAGCAUCCAGCUCUACUUUGCUAAAUACUUGCUCUCUAAAUGGCAUAUGUGUGUAUAUAACCCUUGGAAUUAGCUGUUUGGUUUUUCAGAUUAUUAACAAACUAUAACUCGAGCUGACUUCUCAUUUUUUAUAAUGAGGUCUGUUUUUUAAAUACUUAAUACAGUUUUAAAUAUUGGCAGUUGGGUCACAUAAAGGCGGGGUAUUUGAACUCGUUUCCUGUAAGUAGAGGAUGUUCUAUAAAGUGCAAGUAGAAAUACAGAGAGGAAGGGAAGGGAAGUUUCCUGCUCAGGAAAGCAUCGAGUUGAUGAUAACAGAGACCCCGUCUGCCAUGGCUGACGCUGGCCCAGCAGGGAGACAUGGAGCGCAGACAGCACGAGUGCGGGACCUGUAGUGUAGAGCGGAAGACAUUGAAGGAAUGUGAGGGAAGGAGGGUGUCCCGUCAUCCAUAAUGCUGGACUGAGAACAGCUGUUUCUUCCAGAAAGACGGAGCGCGUGCUUUGGCGUGCUGUGUCUCGUAAGAGCCAGACAGCAGCCGCGGUCUCUGCAGAGCCGCACGUGCACACAGCAAGCAGGUCUCUGUUCAGUGUGACGGUUGGAAAUAAUAAAUGCUGCAAUCUAAUAAUUUAAAAGAACCUUCAAUGAACCAUCUAUUACAUUUUUAAGUUAGAUAAUCAGUUUCAAAAGGAACAUUCAGGUUAUUUAACAUUGUUUUUAAAUGGCUGCAUCAGAACAAAUAUCUAUUUUUUUUUAAUUAAACUAUUUCAUCACUUGUUUAAAAAUGUAUUUUGGAUCUGAGUUUGGUGAUAUUAUUUCAGCUGCUGCUGCACUACCACAGAUUAUUAUUGGCUUUUAGUUUCCUAAAGAGAAAAAUUGCCUUUUUACUAGAAAGCCUUUGUGUAUUGCCAGUUUUUCUGUUUGGGAAAAUCUAAGGAUUUACUGUGGUUAGUCGUACAGAAGAAAUGUGGAUUUGAUGAACUAGUGCCUAUGAUUUUAACUUAUGUUUGAUAUAUAGUAGUAGGGUCAUAAAUGUUGAUUAUUUUGUGCCAACAGCCCAGAAUUGUCACUUGUAUGUCAGCAGAAACUAUGACCUCUGCUUCCAAAGUUAUUUAAUUUUCUCAGUGUUUGGAUGUUAUUUUUUGUAAGUGUGUUAAUAAAAGUGUAAAGAAUUGGAAAAAUAUAAAUAUUCUUAACUCAAGCAUUUGCUGAAUCAUUUUUCUACAAAACUUGUUUGUACAAAACUCUCUGAAGAGUUGACUUUUCUCAGUUUUCAUACCCUGGAAAUCACAUUUUGUAAAACUGGGGACCAUUCAUAAUUGUCAGAUACUUUUUUAAAUUAUCUCAGAACAUCACUUUUAUAUAUAGAUAUAAAAAUUUUUUUGAAAGCAAAGAAAAUUAAAUACAUAUGUGUCCCCAGAUAUUUGUACAACUCUAGGAUGAUCUAGACUGUGUAUGUUCAGAUCGACGUAACUCACUGUACAGAUGUCCAGCUUUGACAGAUGAUGCAUGGUCCUUAGAGCACAUGAAGUUUGAUUUGCAAACAUUUCUAUAGCUGCACUUGUAAUAUGUGGUUGCCUCCUUAAUAAACAGCCUGACCAUGAUGUUUAUUAUUAAAUCUACAUUUAUUUUC